CAUCUCUAUGCUGAUUGCAUACUGUGCACUCAAGGUUCCGCUGUGCCUGUUCAAAAGAGAGAAAGAGAUUGCUCGUAAGCUGGAGUUUGAUGGGCAGUGGAUAACUGAACAGCCGACACGAGACGACAUCAAAGGCCAGUGGGACUCCCUUGCCAUCAGUACUGUCUCAUUUCCUGUGUACUACUGGGACAAGUUUGUCAAAAAGAAGGUUCUGAAGAAGUAUGAAGAUGCAGUGGGUGAGGACAAACUAUGUGCUAUGCUAGGGAUGGAGAUUGGUGAGAACCCUAUGGCAGGCAACCCUACCGAGAACCCUAAUCAGGGUCUCUUCAGCUCAAUGCUAACGUCGCUAGAUUGGAAGUAUCACAUCUGGAAGUGUGGCGUGAUUGGAACUGAUAACUCUUUCUUGUACAUUGCUUGGUACCUUCUCUUCUCUCUGCUGGGCCAUAUCAACCCCUUCUUCUUUGCGGCUCAUCUUCUUGACAUUGCCAUGGGCUUCAAGACCCUGAGGACUGUACUUCAGUCUGUAACACACAAUGGCAAACAGUUGGUGCUGACCUUAAUGAUGACCUGCGUGAUCAUCUACCUGUACACAGUGCUUGCCUUCAACUUCUUCAGGAAGUUCUACACCAAAGACGACGAGGGAGAGAUCGAAUACAAAUGCCACAAUAUGAUGUCUUGUUUUGUCUUCCAUCUUCAUUCUGGACUGAGAGCCGGUGGCGGCAUCGCUGAUGAGAUCGAAGCACCAGACGGUGAUGUCUACGAGUACUAUCGAAUCAUCUUUGACAUCACGUUCUUCUUCUUUGUUAUUGUCAUUCUUCUUGCCAUUAUUCAGGGUUUGAUCAUCGAUGCAUUCGGUGAAUUGAGAGACCAGCUAGAGCAAGUCAGAGAAGAUAUGGAGACUAAGUGUUUCAUAUGUAGCAUUGGCAGGGAGUAUUUUGACAAGCUUCCUCAUGGGUUUGAGCUACACACCUCGAAGGAGCACGACCUCUCCAAUUACAUGUUCUUCCUAAUGUACCUCAUCAACAAGCCAGAGACAGAACACACAGGACAGGAGUCCUAUGUAUGGCAGCUGUAUCAGCAGAGAGCUGGGAUUUCUUCCCCGUUGGCGACUGCUUCCGCAAGCAGUACGAUGACGAGCAAGCAUGACGAGGAGGAGGGGAUCAAUGACCUAGGUACCGUCAUGGUUACAUCAUAACCUGAAGAGGUCAAAGGUUGUUAAGGUCGCACCUCACACAGAGCCGCAGGAGAAGAAUGACCAUGCCAACCGACAGAACACUAGAUAGCGUAACAUGUUUGAAUGCAUAACUCAUUUGAAGUUGGGGGUAUAUUGGUGCUAAGUGUAGAGAAAACCGACAAUGAAAGGAAAAUCUCCCAGACAGGUUGACUGUAAUUUGAUUCCACAAUUGCAGAAUGGUGGAUGUUCUCCCCCAUCUUGUUAUGCUGGCCUAGCUAGGACAUGUACUAAACUCUAUGCAGAAUAAAGAGGAGGCCUUCCCCGGCCAGUAUCUUGUCACGUACGACUGUUUGCAGAGGAAACCCCUAAAGAAUGUGAUUAUUGAUACCCUCGAUUAUUUUUUAACAAGAAAAAUAUAAAAAUUUGUGCUACUUUACACUUGCUUCCUUCCGUCUUAGUAGUGCGGUAGAGGACACGAAAGAUCUUCUACUCAUUGUAGAAAUUGUCCAGAGAUCCAAGUGCCCUCUGCUAUCUAUCAAGAUGAUAUAUGAAAAAGAAAGAAAUUGUAUUCAAUAAACAUAAAGUAAGAGUUACAUUAUGAUAGACUCUUCUUUAAAAUCAUGAUUUAUCAAUCAAUGAUGGUAUGAUCUGAACUGCUCAUUUCUCCUCCUGCUAAAUGGCAUUAAAAUUGACAUAGGGUCACUUACUGUGGUUUUGUAAAUAGCCAUUUGGACUUCCUUGUCACACUUUUUUUUUGAUCAGGAGGUGAAAUAUCUUAUUAGAUAAUGAACUUUUUAUGUAGACUUGUGAUGAUUUAUGUUUCUUUGCUUUCUGUUUUGGGGCACAAUUUUUGUUUUUAAACUGCUCCUAUGUUUUUGUUCUUCAUUUGGUUAGCCCAUAUCGUGUAUUAAAAGUGGUCUGAGACUGUCGAUAAAGCUUGAAAAUAUUGAUCAUGAUAUUGAUGAGUCUACAAGAGAGAGAAAAGAGAGAAAAUAUGAAAUAAAGUUCUAAAAAAAUAAAUAAUAGUAAUGAAUAAAUAAAAAGAUAAAUAAAUAUACCGGUACUAGAAAAUAUUUUGAGCAUAAUCUACACAAUGUAUUACAUUGUGUUUUGUUUCCAAAGGCAAUUUAAGUUUAUGAAAGGUAGAAACCAGGACCCUGUUUCAUUGUUGUUGUUUUGUUAAUCAAUUACAAACUGCCACAGAUUUCUGACAAAUCUGCUCAUAGCCAAUCAAAUGUGAGGAUUUCAGUGGCUUAUAACAAUUAUCAUAUCUUGUUAUAGAUUAAAUUAUUAUUAAACAGGGCCCCGCAGCAAUGAACAAGGUGCUCAAAAGUUCGUACUGAUCAUCAACAGUGUAUCUGUGCUUUAAAGGGGACCAUUCACCAUGACUAAUUUGCUCUGGGAGUUUGCAGUUCCAUGUUUAGAACAGUUAAUCAAAAAUACAAACUUGGACUUUCACCUUGGUAUGGGGCUAUGACAAGGAUGAAUAUGCUCUGAAUAGAGCUAAAAGUAAAUGUGAGCAGAUUAGUCGACAAGAUGAAUCUGAGGUAACUUUUGCGCGGGCCUCGAUUUGAAAUCACUCGCCUGUUUGAGCUCUCCAAUCAUAUAUGUUACGAGUGACAUCUCUUUUAAUGAUAUUUCUCUUUUAUCGCGAUGGUCCCCUAUGUAUAAGGUUUAACCUUUGUGGUGCCAAGUUCACAUUGGGUGCCAAAAAGGGAACUAAAAUUGUCUUGCAUAUGCUAGUUCAACCAAUAUAGUUUGAAGAAAUAUUGCAUACUUGAGAUUAAAACCAGUGACUUUCAUUUUAUGAAAUACAUUUGGCUAUUAACGUGUGUACAUAAGAAUUCUGAAGUGUUCUUAUUAGGUUUGGGUUGAUCACCAUGUGGUAAACAGAUCUGAUUUUAGGAACUAAUGUCAGUUUACCAUCUCUUUAGCUGUGGGGGUAUAGGUAGAAAACUUAUUUAUUAUUCAACAGUUUUAUGAUCAUUUUCAAAUCAUGGAUUGUGCCAAUUAUUUUUGUCAUGUGUGUGAUUACGGUCUGAUUUUUCAUAUUUAUUGAAAGAAACUUGCACUCCUCCGCAUAUCAUAAGAACAACCAAGACCCAUUGAAGAAAUGUAAGUGUAUGUUUACUUGCAGAGACAAAGCAAGUAUGUGCUGUAUAUUUCAUGUAUUUUAUUGAAAUGUAAGUUUAACAGUAACUCCAAAUCAAGUGAAAAUGCAAUAAUUAUCAUCUAGAGGAAUGUUUUAUAAAUAAAAACAUGUUUGAAUAGGAUUCAAGGCUAUCUAAAGAGGAUAUCCAAUCCUACCUCUAUUUCUUAUUUUCUUCUUUUUUGUUGUUGUUGAUAUUGUGCAGAAUGAUGUAUAUUGCACAAAUCUACCAUUUAGCUAUUUACAUGUAUGUUAUUACUUUUCUUUUGUUUGAAUGAAUUUGCCUUUCUCUUUGCUACAUAACAUUUAAGCUUUAGCUUUUAUAGUAGAACACACAGACCUAUGUGUUUAUCGUACUCAGUUUUGACACAGAAACUGAAUUCAGGUUCUUAGCCCAAAGUAUUUGUAACUUUCUAUCUUGGAGUGGAAUUUACAAACUAUUUACAAACCACUGUACUUAUAAAGUUUAGCAAUAUUUCACAACUCCAUAUAAUUGAUGAGUCAUAACAAAGAUUAAUUUGUAUUUUUGUUUGUUUUUAUGUGCAAUGUAUUUUAGACAGAUUGUAGAGAGUUUUUACUUUGCAGUUCCUCAAUAAAUGUGUGAUGGAGCCUAUCCAUGAAGAGUGUGACAUUUUGCUUGAAUGAAAUAGUUUUCUUAGAUCAAAUAGUGUACUGGAAACGUCAAGGUUGUCAUUUGGGGCACAAUUUGAGGAAUUGAUGUAACUGAUUGCGACGUAUUGAAUGAGCAAUUAGUGUUAUAUACUGGCCUUUAUAAAAAGUAAUUAACAAAUUUACUAUCAUGAUUUUUCAGUUAUGAUAACAGAGAGAUUUUAAUCUACCGGUAUUACAAAUUGAAUAUGUUUUGAAGAUAUGAGAAAUUUAUUAAAUUAUUUAUUUCUAUUGGCAAAAAGCCUACUUACGUAUAUCAUUACAUUGAUCAUUUAUAGUGAUUGGAUACUGGUUUACUUCUGGGUUUUGUAUUGUCUCUAAUUAAUGUACCGGUAUUUGAUGUGUCAGAGUUUGAAGGUAUGAUGAAUUUUUCCUGGUUUUGCAUUAAGUAAUGGUUUUCAGACUUGUCUCCGUUUUUGUCUUCUUUUCUAUUUAUUGUGACUUUUUGAACUUUCUUGCUUCUUGAUAUUCAAUCAAACUAUUAAAUUAAUUUGUCACAAAA